CUGAGCCUCGGCUGGAGACCCUCGUCCCUCUCUUCGUCCGCUGCAUACAAGGCAUCAUGAAGAAGGCUUGGAAAGCAGCAAUGCUGAUAGCAUUGAUACUACCAACAGCAGUGAACAGUAGCAGUGUGAUAUUCAAGAAAGUGUUCGAAGGACGGAGGGGAACAAACGUCAUUUUUAAACAAAUCAUCUUUGCUAUCACCACGUGCGCGUUUAAGUGUGCCUCGGUUUUAGAAUGUCGCGGAUUCAACUGGCAGAAGACAUCCGGUGUCUGUGAGGGUCUUUCUUUUCUUACAUCAAUCGAGGCGACGGACAGCUACAUGUUUUAUCGGGACAUGGAUUACUACUGGCACUUACUAGAAUAUACUUGCCCAACGUGCACGGGACCAAACUGGGGAAGGUACGACUGGAUCCACGACUGCAAACACGGCAUCGACAUGGUGGUGGGCAUCGCGGUCAAGGCCUCCCUCGACGACCUCGACUACAUGCAAUGCGGCAGCUAUUACGGAGUCCUGAUGAACACAGAUAUCGGAGCUGCCAGUCCCGGCUCAAACAUAUUCUCGUGCGCCGAAUUCUUCGACCAAAAAGGUGCAGUGAUUGGUCUGUGGUCAAAUGAGCAGUUCUUCAAUGCACCAACGUCAGUUGAAAACCACUGUCGUCUAAUAAUAACAGGAGAACUGAUAAACACAACCCAAUGUGAAACGCCCCGGCCCACCCCUGGAACUAUCCCUAUUGCAGGAAAUACAGUCUACCAGCUCAUGCAAUGUUCGUUUGGCAUGGUGGCUACAAAUGUCUACAGAAAGGCUGAUGGCUCAUUUGAAAUUAUAUGUUGUGCUCUCUCUUUCUAGGACUGUAGAUAUGCUAGUAGGUAGCCACUCCUUGCUCUAUCAACACGCACUGAUUGACUGAUUAUGUAACAUUUUACCGGCACUGAAUCAAAAGCCAACAAGCUGAGUGGUGGUUUGAUGACAUUAUAAUUUCUAAAAAGUGAUUUACUGGCCUCUUUCUAGGUUCUGGGUAUAUACUCCAUACACAUUUUACACUAAUGUUACCUCUUUUCCCUUCUCUUAAAUUAUCUCAUCUUUACACGUUUCUGUAUCAUUGCAUGCCUGAUUGUAUUUCUAUAUGUCCCUCUCUUCUUCUCUCUUUUUUCUCUCUCUUUGUUAAGCUUUAAAUCUCUACAUUUCCAUCUAGUUCAUCAGCUCCCGUUGUAUAUUUUAUGGGCCCCGUAAACAUUAGUAUAGGCUAAGGGACGAUUGGAGACAUAAUGAUUUUGAAUAGAAUAUUUUACACAUUCUGUAUUAAGAUAUUGCCUUUGGAAUGCGUGCAUGCUAGUGGAUUGUCUGGUUGAUCUAUAUACAUACUGAUUAUGCAAUGCAUCAUGAAUGGGCGUGAUUUAAACAGUAACGCGACAUGUCCU